AUGUCACAACCUCUUGUCUACCGCUUAAGAUGUGCCGCUCAAAAUUAUGCUUGGGGAAAAUUAGGUGCUGACAGCAAAGUAGCCCAGUACAUUAAAGCUUUAGAUGACUUUGCAGUCGAAUCUGACAAACCUUAUGCUGAGCUUUGGAUGGGUACACACCCUAAUGGCCCAAGCACUUUGGCAAUUCAACCAACGAGUUUUCUUAAAGAUGUAAUAAAAUCUAAACCUGAACUUAUAACUCCAGAAUUGGCCAAAAUUUACAAUGGUGAUUUACCAUUCUUGUUUAAAGUCUUGUCUGUAGGCAAAGCACUUUCGAUCCAAGCUCAUCCUGACAAGAAACUCGGUAAAGAACUAUUCGAAAAGUAUCCAAACAUAUACAAAGAUCCUAAUCACAAACCUGAGAUGGCUGUAGCAAUUACGGAGUUUGAAACGUUAUGUGGUUUUCGUCCAUUAGAGGAAAUCGUAGUUUUCCUUUCCGAAUAUCCAGAGUUUCGUGAUCUUGUUGGAAAUGAUGUUGCAUCAACUUUUGUUCAGACUGUUAGCGGAAGAGAAUGUUCAGAAAUUGUUGAAGAAGUCGAAUCAAACAAAGUUGCUCUUCGGCAACUAUUUGCUUCUUUGAUGACAGCAGAUCCAAAUAAUGUUGUAGCUUGUGUGAAAAAAUUAGUUUCUCGAUUGCAACCUAACAAUUAUCCAAUAGGAAGCACACAAGAGCUUUUAGUUAGGUUGAACGAGCAAUUUCCGGGAGAUGUAGGAAUAUUUUGUGUAUUUAUGUUAAACUAUGUAAAAUUAGAACCAGGUCAGGCUAUGUUUUUGGGAGCUAAUGAACCUCAUGCUUAUUUAUUUGGAGAUUGUGUUGAGUGCAUGGCAACAAGUGAUAAUGUGGUUCGUGCUGGAUUGACACCAAAGUUUAAAGAUGUCCCCAUACUUGUAAACAUGCUAACUUAUCGAUAUGGAAAUGCAAAAUCUCAAAUUCUUACUCCAAUUUCAUAUAACAAUUCAUCUAGUUCUUUGUUGUAUGAUCCACCGAUUGAGGAAUUCUCUGUAAUAUUAACAAAUUUGAAUACACAAUAUCAAAAGGAAUUUUUCAAAAGUAUUGCUGGUCCUAGUAUUAUUAUUAUUACCGAGGGAAAAGGUGUUUUACAAAUUGAAAACAAAUCUGAAGUUUUAGAACCUGGUAGUGUUUUUUUUGUCGGUGCAAAUGUACCGAUUACUAUAGAAUUGGAUAAUGACUGCGACAAGCUUAUUUCAUAUCGCGCAUUUUGGAUGUUAAAGUCCG